AAUUGAGGCCACAAUGGAGUUUAAAGAGUCUAUUUUGAUUAAACUUGUGGUGAUGUUACAGUGUUUGACGUUAGUUCUAUGUGCUUCACAGGAUUUUCUUACGAUGAUGUGUGGGACUUACAUUAUUGAAGUUUGGCCAGGAUCAUACUGCGACACACAGCAGAGCUGUUGCUACCCAACAAGUGGGAAGCCUGAUGCAGAUUUUGGGAUUCAUGGUCUUUGGCCAAAUUACAAUGAUGGUUCAUACCCAUCUAACUGUGAUUCUAGCAACCCCUUUCAGCAAUCUCAGGUAUCAAAUUUGAUAAGCACCAUGCAAAAGGAAUGGCCCACACUAGCGUGCCCAAGCGGGAAUGGAAUACAAUUCUGGUCCCAUGAAUGGGACAAACAUGGAACUUGCUCAGAGUCACUACUUAACCAACAUGACUAUUUUGAAGCAGCUCUUAACCUUAAACAAAAAGCUAACCUCCUCCAAGCUCUUACCAGUGCAGGUAUAAAUCCAGAUGGGGGAUUCUACAGUUUGAGCAGCAUUAAGAAUGCAAUAAGUGAUUCAAUUGGGUUCACUCCAUUCAUUGAGUGCAAUUCAGACUCAUCCGGUAACAGCCAGCUUUACCAAGUUUACUUGUGUGUGGACACUAAUGCUUCAAGCUUCAUUGACUGCCCUGUUUUUCCACAUGGAAAAUGUGCCUCCAAUAUUGAGUUCUCAUCUUUUUGAGAAGUCUCGGACAAUAUUCUCUUGUUCAUUUGAUGCUGAUAUUUGCUCACAUGUUGUUGUUAUUCUUAAAGUCUUAUCCAUUUCAAUUGAACUUGUAAUUUGUUUAAAU